GAUAAAAAGCACAAAUAAAGCCAAGAGCUCAGUCAGGGCAAAAAUCACCGUAUCCCUUUUAUACCUUCUUUCACCUGUGUUUCAGGAACAUCCUCAGGCUUCUCAACUGAAAUAAUGAAGAAACAAGGCUCAGAUGGCAGUCCUGCUCCGGUUAUGCCCCCGCUGCCAGAACCAUUAAAAAAUCUGAAAAUCGAGUACACCAAGAUAUUUAUAAACAAUGAAUGGCACAACUCAGUCAGUGGUAAAAAAUUUGCAGUCUUUAACCCUGCAACUGAAGAGAAAAUCUGUGAGGUUGAAGAAGGAGACAAGGCGGACGUAGACAAGGCAGUGAAAGCAGCUAGAAAGGCUUUUGAGCUCGGGUCAACCUGGCGCACAAUGGAUGCCUCAGAGCGAGGAAGGCUCUUGAAUAAACUCGCUGACUUGGUGGAAAGAGAUCGUCUGAUUCUAGCUGUGAGUACGAGAUGUGAACAAAAGGACAAGAAGGAAAGUCCUGAUUUUUACAGAAGGGUUCAGGAGAGUUUAACAGCCAACUCUUUGGAAAGCUAG